AGACUUCAGUUGCGGAAGUAUAAUGUAUAGGUGAUCGUUUCAGUACAUGUUUUGAUUUAGUAGUUUAGUGCAAUGUCUAAACUGUACACCGAGAAACUGACCCGGCUCUACGAGCGGUAUCGGGAGUACGUUACGAAGAACCCUGCAGCGACUGGACAACUGGAGAGCACCGUAAGAACGCUGUCGUACCUCAUUUCAGUGCCCAUGCAUCGCCUGAUGUGCCUCUCAACACUACAAUCUCGUGUUUGAUCAUGAAAACAAAGGAAUGUUAUUCUCUAAUUCAGCAUAUGAAAAACAGUCACAGCCAAGCAUCUGAUGCAUGAUUCAGAGUGCAAACUUUAAAUAUAACUAUUUGUCACAUAGUGUUGUCAGUAGUCCUGUGUAGAGUCUGGCAUGGCCCAUGGCAUGUAACUCUACCUUAUGAAAUGUAAUUAUUAUCUGAAAUAUCUAGCCAAGUUCUUUGAUUGGUUCUCUGUUGAAACAACAUUACAACAGUUUGACAUACCAUCAGUCCUCAAGUGUUUUUGUGUCUAUUUCACAGGGCGUUUCACUGACUCCCAUGAAAUCUCUGAAUUGGUGUACUCUGCCUCCAACCUGCUGGUGCUGCUUAAUGAUGGCAUUCUGCGCAAAGGGCUGUGUCGAACCAUACCCAUGUCUCUCUCUCAGCAGAGGCUUCUCACCUGGCUGUCAGUGGUGGAGUACAUGGAGGUGUUCCUGGAGAUGGGGGCCACCAAGCUGUGGGGGGAUGGAGGUCGCUGGCUGGUCAUAGUGCUCAUCCAGAUCACUAAAGCCGUCUUGCGCUUCCUACUGCUCUUCUGGUACAAAUCUGGCAUGCAGACUUCCCCUCCUAUUACCCCCCUGGACAGGGAGGCACAGCUCGGCAACGAUGAGGACCACGAUGACCACCAGGAUGACAGCUCCUUUGUGGGCCAGCGGUCAGGGAGGGUGAUGAGGCCGUUGGGCAAUGCUCCCUCUGUGCAGGCCCGUCUGUGGGCAGCCCCCAGUAGGGAGAAGAGGUGUGCUGUGGAGGAGGAUCUGACCUCUUGUCCCACUGCCCUGGGGGUCCAGGAGACCAUAGCAGAGUCCAUGUACAUCGGACGCCCGCUGGUACACUUGCUCUGCCUGGGAAUGUGUGGGAGAGGCUCCUGGAAACCAUGGCUCGUGUCUGGAGCCAUGGAAAUGACCAGUUUUGGUUUGCUGAGUGACACUAAAUCUCUGAACCGGCGGGAGAGGGCGGAGGUGAGGAGGAGAGCCUUUCUGCUUCUGUACUACCUGCUCCGCUCCCCUUUCUACAACAGAUUCUCUGAGACAAAGAUCCUGUUCCUACUCCGAUUUCUGGCAGACAAUGUUCCCGGCGUCGGACUGGUUGCUCGCCCUCUAAUGGAUUACCUACCUGUCUGGCAGAAGAUCUACUUUUAUAACUGGGGCUGAGGGCAAGAGGUGGUUGAAGGUCUCCUGGCCAGCUGGAUAGGGAUCGACACUAAAGAGGGAGACUCAGUCAAAUACAGAGCCAGAGACACACAGGGACUCAAGUCCCCCACAGACUCACUGGAAACCUGUGCUGGUUAAUCUGCUGUAUUUCAACUGGGGACCCUCAAAUCGGAUCCAACAUGCUGUUCUGUUGCUAGGGCAUGCCAGAGUACCUUACGGAUCCUUCCGUUCUGUUGCUAGGGCAUGCCAGAGUACCUUACGGAUCCUUCCGUUCUGUUGCUAGGGCAUGCCAGAGUACCUUACGGAUCAUUCCGUUCUGUUGCUAGGGCAUGCCAGAGUACCUUACGGAUCAUUCCGUUCUGUUGCUAGGGCAUGCCAGAGUACCUUACGGAUCCUUCCGUUCUGUUGCUAGGGCAUGCCAGAGUACCUUACGGAUCCUUCUGUUCUGUUGCUAGGGCAUGCCAGAGUACCUUACGGAUCCUUCCGUUCUGUUGCUAGGGCAUGCCAGAGUACCUUACGGAUCCUUCUGUUCUGUUGCUAGGGCAUGCCAGAGUACCUUACGGAUCCUUCCGUUCUGUUGCUAGGGCAUGCCAGAGUACCUUACGGAUCCUUCCGUUCUGUUGCUAGGGCAUGCCAGAGUACCUUACGGAUCCUUUCGUUCUGUUGCUAGGGCAUUCCAGAGUACCUUACGGAUCCUUGCCUUUUGCAUUCCCACCUUGUUCUUUAUUUUUAUAAUUUGAGUGAUUUCCGUCAUAUCUUCCAUCAGACUGAUCUUGAACCAGUGAUUAUGAUGAAUUGAUGCUGAUUGUGCGAUUUAGUUUUCUCCUUUGUAAACUGUACAUUACCCAGUGGUGUUAUUGACCGAGUGGUAGGAGAUAUCUGUGGCACCGCUGAGGAUGAUCACCAUCUUGUCAGUCAGUUUUGCCGUCUGUCACUGGGAACAAUCCCUCCUAAAUGUCUCCAGUUAAACAACCCACUACAGCCAGCCCUGAUGGGUUCUGUGCAGUUGGUCCUACAGCAUUACAGCGAUUUGACUUUGAGGCUAGUUGAAGUUCUCUUUAUGGGGCUGUCCUAAUAUCUCCUUCUCCCAAAGUGUACCCUUGUUCACUCCUUCGCAGAUUGGCAUGGGCUCGUGGGAGUUUCCACCAUAUUUCGUAUGCUAGUCACUUCCUUUCGACUCGUUAAUUGGAGGAAGGAGAGAAUUGGGCCUUUCUGUUUGUAAGAUUGUUCAUUUGUUUUUCUUCCCACUGUGCCAAUGUGACCAUGAUACGAAAUCUAACCUUUGUAUAUUAAAUAUGCUGUAUUCUAAA